CCCCUUGGAAACAUGUCCCUGUCACACACUGCUGCUGAGUACAUGCUGUCUGAUGCUCUCCUCCCGCAUCCCAGCGGAUCCCGAGCCAAGGGCCUGCGGUUGGAGCUGCCGAGCGAUCGCCUCCUCAAGUUCAUCACCGUGGGGCUGCCUCUUCUCCUUGUCUCCUUGGCUUUUGCCCGGGAAUUCUCCUCUGGCUCACAGAUCAGCUGCUUCUCUCCCACCAACUUCACGGGCCAGCAGUCUGCCUACGUCGACACAGCCUGCUGGGAUUCCCUCCUCCACCACGGCUUCGACUCCGAGGGACAUGCCAUCACCAAAUCCCUCUGGGCUCUCAAGGUCUUCCCCUACUCGCUGCUGGUGGUGGCUGUGCUGAUGUACCUGCCCUAUCUGCUGUGGCGUUACGCGGCCGCCUCCGGCCUCCACUCCGACCUCCUCUUCAUCAUCGACGAGCUGGAUAAAUCCUACAACCGCUCUGUGCGCCUGGUGCAGCACAUGAGGAAGGUGCAGCAGGCCAGCGCCGAGCCUGAGCGCUUCUGGGAGGAGUACCAGCGGGCUCGCCAGGAGAGGUACUUUGAGUUCCCCUUGCUGGAGCGUUACUUCGCCUGCAAGCAGCACACCCACUCCCUGGCCUUCAUCUACAUCCUCAGGAACCUGCUCCUGCUCUUGUUCUUAGCUGCCACCUGCCUCUACCUGGUCUUCCUCCACCUCAACAUCUCCUUCCAGGAUGAGUUCAGCUGCUCCAUCAAAACGGGGCUGCUCCAAGCAGAGCCUCACAUCCCCGAGCUCAUUCCCUGCAAGCUGGCCUUCUUCUCCACCUUCCAGAUCAUCAGCCUCUCUGUUGGAAGCAUCUACCUCCUCCUCAUCCCCGUUGUCAUCUACAACGCCCUGCAGCUGUGCCAGUGGGACAAGGGGCUGCUCUCAGUCUAUGAAAUGCUGCCUGCCUUCGACCUCCUCAGCCGCAAGAUGCUCACCUGCCCCCUCAACGACCUCAACGUCAUCCUCCUCUUCCUCAGGGCCAACAUCUCCCAGCUCAGCUCCUUCGGGCGCCUCAACGCCGUGGGAGCCCUGAGGGGGAGCGCAGGUGACAAGCAGGACAUCGACACCGUCGUGGACUUCAUGACGCUGCUGGCAGGGCUGGAGGCCACCAAGGGCAACCCUCCCCGUGCCUGCAGCCCCGCGGCCCUCGGCAACGGCACGGCCCUGGAAACAAAGCCUGGAGUGGAAGAGAUGGGAAAAGCCUCUCGAGACUCACUGGGCUCUGCCUGACCCUGAGGGAUCCUGGGAUCCACUUUGAUCCACUUCCUCUGUGCCACUGUUGCUCCAGCACAUUAAACUCCAGUUUUGCCACA